ACUACAGAAAUAAUGAGGAACAGCGCCGUGUAAUGGGGGGGGGGGGGAAAGGGGAGGGGAACCGGGAUGGGGGGGGCAGUUGGAGCCGUGUCCGUAUCCGGCUGCGCCCCGAUAACGCUUAUCGCUACGGCGGGCGGCGGCGCGCCCCGCCCGGAAAGGGUCGCGCGUGGGGGAACUCCGCCCGCGGCCCCUUUAACGCGCGCCCCCAAUGCCGGUGGGGGGGGGGGGGGGGGGGGGGGCGUGGCGUGGCCCCCCCUUCUCUGUCCCCGCCCCUUCGCCCCUCCGUUAAAGCCUUCGGCCCCGCGCAGCGCCGCGGUUGCCACGCAGGUCCCGCCGCUAUGCUGCUGCUCCGCGCUGUCCCCAGGCGCAGAGUCCGUCUGCCCCCCCCGCCGCUCUCCCAACACCGCGGCUCCUCCCGGACGGACAUCGCCCCCGGCGGUCCGGGCCCGGGGGGGGGCGGCGGGCGGGUGGUCCCGGUGCUGGCGGCGCUGCUCGGCCUCGGCGCGGCGCUGAGCUACGGAGAACGGCGGCGACGGGCCGCUCACGCCGCCGCCGCCCCGUCGUACCCCCGGUACACGCGGGAAGAGGUGGGGCGGCACCGGAGCCCCGAAGAACGCGUCUGGGUGACCCACGGCACCGACGUGUUCGACGUCACCGACUUCGUGGAGCUGCACCCGGGGGGGCCCGACAAGAUCCUGCUGGCGGCGGGGGGGGCCCUGGAGCCCUUCUGGGCGCUGUAUGCGGUGCACGGGGAACCGCACGUCCUGGAGCUGCUGCAGCAAUACAAAGUGGGCGAGCUCAGCCCCGACGAGGCACCGGCGGCCCCCGACGCUCAGGACCCCUUCGCCGGGGACCCCCCCCGGCACCCCGGGCUGCGCGUCAACAGCCAGAAGCCCUUCAACGCGGAGCCGCCGGCCGAGCUGCUGGCCGAGCGCUUCCUGACGCCCAACGAGCUUUUCUUCACCCGCAACCACCUCCCGGUGCCGGCGGUGGAGCCGAGCUCGUACCGGCUGCGGGUGGACGGUCCCGGCGGCCGCACGCUGUCGCUGUCCCUGGCCGAGCUGCGGAGCCGCUUCCCCAAACACGAAGUGACGGCGACCCUGCAGUGCGCCGGGAACCGCCGCUCCGAGAUGAGCCGCGUGCGGCCCGUCAAAGGGCUGCCGUGGGACAUCGGUGCCAUCAGCACGGCGCGGUGGGGCGGAGCGAGGCUGCGGGACGUCCUGCUGCACGCCGGCUUCCCCGAGGAGCUCCAGGGCGAGUGGCACGUCUGCUUCGAGGGUUUGGACGCCGACCCCGGGGGCGCUCCGUACGGUGCGUCCAUCCCUUACGGCCGCGCUCUCAGCCCCGCCGCCGACGUGCUGCUGGCCUACGAGAUGAACGGCACGGAGCUGCCCCGGGACCACGGCUUCCCCGUCCGCGUGGUGGUGCCCGGCGUGGUGGGCGCACGCAGCGUUAAGUGGCUGCGCCGCGUGGCCGUGAGCCCCGAUGAGAGCCCCAGCCAUUGGCAGCAGAACGACUACAAGGGCUUCUCCCCCUGCGUGGAUUGGGACACGGUGGAUUACCGCACGGCGCCCGCCAUCCAGGAGCUGCCGGUGCAGUCGGCCGUCACUCAGCCGCGGCCCGGAGCCGCGGUGCCGCCGGGGGAGCUGACGGUGAAGGGUUACGCGUGGAGCGGCGGCGGGCGCGAGGUGGUGCGCGUGGACGUGUCGCUGGACGGGGGGCGCACGUGGAAGGUGGCGAGGCUGAUGGGGGAUAAAGCUCCGCCGGGCCGCGCGUGGGCGUGGGCGCUGUGGGAGCUGACGGUGCCGGUGGAGGCGGGGACGGAGCUGGAGAUCGUUUGCAAAGCGGUGGACAGCAGUUACAACGUGCAGCCCGACAGCGUGGCGCCCAUCUGGAACCUGCGAGGGGUGCUGAGCACCGCCUGGCACCGCGUCCGCGUCUCCGUGCAGGGCUGACGGCCCCGUGGUCCCAUCCCCCCCCCCCGUGGCUCCAUCACCCACCUCCAUGGCACUGUUGCCUCCAUGGCUCCAUCACCCUCUGGCACCAUCACCCCCCCCCACGGCUCCAUCCCCCCCCUGGUGCCAUCACCUCCGUGUCUCCAUCACCCCAUGGUCCUACCCCCCCCUCCCAUGGCCCUAUCACCCCCCCCCCCCCAGCACUGUCACCACAUGACAGCAUCACCCCCAUGGCUCUAUCACUCCCAUGGCACUGUCACCCUGUGUCUCCCUCACCCCUAUGUCUCCAUCCCCCCCGGCUCCGUCACCCCCAUGGCUCCAUCCAUCCCAUGGCUCCAUCCCCUCCAUGGCCCCAUCACCCCCCCGGCACUGUCACCCCAUGGCCCCAUCACCCCAUGACAGCGCCACCCCCAUGGCACCAUCACCCCCAUGUCUCCAUCCCCCCCCCUCAUGUCUUCAUCACCCCCCUGACUCCAUCCCCCGCCCCCCAUGGCCCCAUCCCCCCCAUGUCUCCAUUCCCCCCCCCUCACGUCUCCAUCACCCCCUGGCAGCAUCACCCCCCCAUGUGUCCAUGACCCCCCGGCACUGUCACCCCCCGGCAGUGUCACCCCGUGGCCAUCCCUGGAUGCAGCCGUGCCGCCGCCGGCACGAAGGUCACCACUUUAUGGCCCCUGAAAGUGAAAAGCGUGAAAGCGGCUCCAUAAAGAUUGCGCAGCUUU